AUGGGAGAGCACACAGAAAGAAAAACACCAAUGAUUGCAGCUAAGGAAACAGGUCCUGGUCCUGGACGUUACAACCUGCCGCCGACUGUGGGGUUUGUAGGCCAUGACUAUACAAAAUAUUCCAGUCCAGCUUAUUCUUUCCAUGGACGGACAAGCCAUUCUGCUCAUGAUUCUAGCCCGGGACCUCGUUAUUAUGUGGAACCAUGCUUGACACGCUAUGGCCGCAGUGCUGGACCUGCUUAUUCUAUGUUGGCCCGAGGCAAAUCAGCAGAUAAUAAAGAUACAGCACCUGGUCCUGGGGUUUACAGGCCUGAGAAUUGUAUCAUUCCGACCCAUCGCAAAGCCCCAUCAUACUCCAUGGGCUCCAGAACCCUCUACAGAACAGUUGAUCAGGUUCCCGCACCUAACAAAUACUCUUUGCCUCCAGUUCUGGGUCCAAGAGUCGCAGGAAAAGCUUCUGCCCCAGCUUUCACCGUGUCUGGCCGGACACGUCACGGAGGGCACUCUGAAGAUUUGGCUUUUACACCAGGUCCAGCUCACUAUAAUCAAGUAGAUAACAAUAGCUACAUGAAAAAAGGUCCAGCUUAUUCCAUGCUUGGACGAAAUCAAGUCUCAAAAACGCAGAUUGCUACCCCUGGGCCUGGAGUUUAUAGUCCAGAGAAAGUGACAAACCACAAAAAGCGAGCACCUGCGUUCUCAAUGGGAAUUAGGCACUCUGAGUAUACUACGCCUCUCAUCAUAGAAGUAUCUAACUAA